CCCUGUAUGCUACGUUGUACUUGUACAACUUCUCUUCCUCUCUUUACCGUCUCUACAAUUCCUUAUCGGAUUCCAAUCAUGUCUGGGAAUUACGACCAAGAUGGUGGCGGAUAUGGGCGUAACGACGGCGGUGGUUAUGGUGGUCGGGGAGGUGGAGGAUUCGGCGGACGAGGUGGGUAUCAAGGCGGGGAUCGUGGUGGUAGAGGUGGUGGCCGCGGCGGCGGAAGUGGUAGAGACGGUGACUGGCGUUGCCCUAACUCAAGUUGUGGGAAUUUGAACUUUGCGAGAAGGGUUGAAUGUAACAAAUGUGGUGCUCCUUCUCCUGCUGGUGCUAAUGAUCGUGGUGGAGGUGGUUAUAAUAGAGGGGGAUAUGGCAACAGUCGUGGGGGUAGAUCUGGUAACUAUGAUGGAGGAAGAGGUAAUGGUUAUAAUAGUAGUAGGGGGAAUAACAAUGUUGGAAGAAGUGGGGGAGGCAACAGAGGUAGUCAAGGCAGAGAAGAUGGUGGCUAUGGUCAAGUUCCUGCACCUGCAGCCCAAUCUUAUGGUGGGGCUGGUGGAAACUAUCCACCUGCGUACAAUUCUUCUGGUGGGAGUUCAAAUUAUGAAACUGAUGCAGUUCCUCCGCCUGCUAGCUAUACUGGUGGACCUGCAUCUCACCCUCCACCAUAUGGGAGUAAUACUGGUGGUUAUGGUGGCGGAGAUGCACAUAAUGGUGGUAGGUCUGGGCAACCGGUUGGAUAUGAUAGUGGUUAUGGUGCCGGUAGUCAAGGUGGAUUCGGUGGAGCUCCUGAUGAGCCCCCUGCUAAGGUGAAGCAAUGUGAUGAGAAUUGUGGGGAUUCCUGUGACAACUCUAGAAUCUACAUAUCAAACUUACCUCCGGAUGUGACUAUUGAAGAAUUGAGAGAGCUUUUUGGAGGCAUUGGACAAGUUGGAAGAAUAAAACAAAAGAGGGGGUACAAAGAUCAGUGGCCUUGGAACAUAAAGCUAUACACUGAUGAGAAAGGAAACAACAAGGGUGAUGGUUGUCUUGUGUAUGAAGACCCUUCCGCAGCACAUUCUGCUGGCGGUUUUUACAAUAAUUAUGAUUUGAGGGGUUACAAAAUCGCUGUUACAAUGGCUGAAAAGUCUGCACCAAAAGCCCCACCUGCAUAUAACCAUGGGGGCAACAGGGGUGGCUAUGGUGGAGAUAGACGCAGAGACAAUUAUAGAGAUGCAGGUGGUUCUGGUCCAGAUAGGCGAGACAAUUACGGUGGGAAUCGUUCACGACCAUACUGAGGGCUUCAACAGAGAACAUUUUAUGUACUAUGUUGUAUGGUCUGAGGGAUUUGUUGUAUUCUAUUGGCGGGUAACUUGAGAUGAUAGCAAAGAGGUAGGUUGUUCACUUACUUUUACGUGACCUCUUUGCUCCUUUUUUAUUUUGUCACUUGCUGGUGGGAUUUUAAUUUUAGGCGGAAAUUAUUUUGGUCAUGUGAAUGCUUUUAAAGGGGCAAGUGCAUAAUCUCGAAGCUGCUAAGGUAGGUUUUAAUUUCCUUUCUAGUGACUCCUGCUUUCAUGAAAACAUGUUUUAUUCUUAGCUGUGUUAUUUUCUAGAUAAAUGCUUGCAUCCUUAGCUCAUCUGGUUCAAACAGCUGGUGGGAUUAAAGGGAUAUUUUAUGUUAAGUCAUAGUUCCAUGGAUCAAGUAAUCCCAAGUAGAGAAUA